CCUUUGCGCUCGGCGUUUCCAUCGUGUUUGCGGCAGGAUUAUGGUGACGCACCUUCCGGCUGCAGUUGUCAACAUGUGAAAGAUGGCGGCGCCUGAUCAGGAGCGAGCCCUGAUCGGUUUGUGUGACGGAGAGAUCGAUAAGAAGAAAUACCAGACGUCGUUUCUGACCAACAAGGUGGGCGGGCGGCCGGACCCGCUGCCGGCCGUGUCCCGGCGGCGGCCCCGCUGCUCGGCCUGCGGCGCGGCGCUGGGCCUCGUGGUGCAGGUCUACUGCCCCCUGGCGGCCUCUCCCUACCACAGGACCCUGCAUGUGUUCGCCUGUCCCGGGACGUCCUGCAGCGGUCGGCCGCAGGGCUGGGCCGUCCUCCGCUCCCAGAGCCUGGACACCGGGGACACAGCAGCGGCGGUGCGGGCGGAGGGCCGGUCCGGGGCCGCGGGGCCCCCCGAGGCCCCCGAACCUUCUAUGGCCACCACAGACUGGUGUGACGGAGCUGAUGACUGGGGCAUGGAGGAUGAGGAGCGAGGAGGAGGAGGAGGUUUGAACGGUGGUGUGAAGGAUGAAGGCCGCUCUGAGGAGGAGGCAGAAGCUCCGUCUGUCAACGAGCCGGACGUCAGCAGCCGCCUGCAGGAGCUGCGACUGGGAGAGGACGAGGACGAGGACAAGGACGCCCCCGUCUUCCACCCGUUCUACAUCAGCGUUGUGGAGGAGUCAGACCUGGGCGGGCAGGACGACCUGGAGCACGCUCAGCAGCUGCUGAGGGAGUACGAGAACAGAGAGGGCGUGGCGGUGGGCGAGCUGCAGGGUGGCGAGGGCGGUGGCGGCAGCGGCGGGGGGGAGGAGAAGUAUGAGAAGGGCGAGGCCAGGCACGGAGACGCCGUCUUCUCCAGGUUCAUGAAGAGGAUCUCGCUGUGUCCCGAGCAGAUCCUGCGCUACUGCUGGGACGGGACGCCGCUCUUCGUGUCGGAGCCGCCCUCCAACAUGGCUCAGAUGGUCCCGGCCUGCGGCUCCUGUGGAGGCCGCAGGACCUUCGAGCUGCAGCUGAUGCCGGCGCUGGUCAGCCUGAUGCGCAGGACAGACUCGGGCUCCGAGGCGGAGCUGGACUUUGGGACGGUGCUGGUUUACACCUGCAGGAGCAGCUGCUGGGCGGCCGGCUCGGCCUCGCCCCUGGAGGAGUUCGUCUUCAUCCAGAGCGACCCGGACCAGCAGUUCUUUAAGUGACUGAGGACUUCAGCGGAGUCUGAGCUUCACGUGAAGCAGGACAGGACAGGUCGCUGUUACAAACACACACAAAAAUGGAUGUACACAUAAGAGCUAAAUCCAACUUUUGUAAACAGAUGCUGGUGAUGCACCUCAAAUUUCUGGAUCCAUUUUAUUUCCAUCACAGAAAUGCCCGUUCAUCACAUGAAACUGCAGUGGAAGUUGGUCAGAAUAUGAAAUACUUGAAGACAUUUUUAGUCUGUUUUUUGCAGCUUUCUAAUCCGGUGCUCUGGUGACAGACGUGUGAAAUGUAACAUUACAACAGAAUAAAUGACUGGGGAGAUGCAGAGUUUUCAUUACAUUUACAA